UUAUGUCUACCAACUAUUUCCAUCCCAAAUGUCAAUGUAGUGUAGUGUCAUUAUUCUCAUGAUGUUAAUAAAUAAAUAAAAAAUAAAUAUUCUGAAAGAUGUAAACGGCAUGCAGAUUCAGUGCUAGAAUAUUAUACUUUUUUUCUUCCAGUUUUAUCAACCUUGAUAGGUUGUGUUCAUCUUGUUUUAAUAAUUGUCUGUGUCUGUUAAUGACAUUGUGCUGGAGGUUGGUGAUGGUUGAUAAAACGUUUGUCUCUUUAUGAUUUUUACAUUUUUAUAAAAGCAAUGCUUUAACUAUUGAAGAGUAACCCUAACUUUGACCUCUAGGUAAUUAAUUACUGACCUUGAAAAAUUGUAUUGCAUUUAUAUUGCCUUUUAAUUUGGAAUGCAUCUAUUUAACGAUUUGAAAUAAUUUUAUAUUAUUGUGAAAUUUGUGACCGUUGUCUUAAAUGUUUUACAGGUUGUCUCCAGUUAUUAUCUGGCUAACUCCUGACUUUUUCAAUAAUUAUUCCAUUGCAUACUUCCCUAUAUGGCUUAAUAAUCACCUCAAGUAAACUCCAAAAAAUAAAUAUAACGACAGUAUUCCAUUCACAUCUUCAUUUGGUAGGAGACUAUGCUUGAAGUUACUAUUUUAAUUUAGGUAUUAGCAACAUUACAUGUUAGCAAAGAGAUGGGCCAUGGGUGGAGGACAGUCGACACCUGCUCCUCAAACUUUGAUUGAAGAAUGGAGGAAAAUACUUUGGGGCCAAAAAGAGGACCUGCAUUUUGUGAAGAAUUAUCAGCCUUAUAACAACGAAGUCAAAGAGCUCAGAGUUCUGCUGUACGGACUUUGUGCUGCCGGAAAGUCCAGCUUCAUCAACUCUGUCGACAGUGUUUUACAAGAAAGCAUCACUCGUCAAGCUCCAACAGAUGUGAACUCCUCCAAAUCCUUCACCAUAAAACGUCGAAUCUACAAAAUCAACAAAGAAGGACCAGGGACAUUUUACCCUUUUGUCUUCACUGACACCAUGGGCCUCGAGGGUAAGGAACAACAAGGAAUUUGUGUGGAAGACAUCAAACUGGACAUGAAGGGGCACAUAAAAGAUGGUUACAAGUUCCAUCCUUACUGUGAAAUAUCAGAGGAUGAUCAAUACUACAACAAGAGCCCCACCCUGGAGGACAAAGCUCAUGUUCUGGUUUGUGUCAUCGAUGGCAGCUCAUCAUUAAUACUGGAUGAUGAAUCUAAAAGAAAGAUGAGGCGGGUCAGACUUGCAGCUAGAGACUUGGGGAUUCCUCAGCUGGUUGUUCUCACCAAAAUUGAUGUAGCUUGUAAAGAGGUCCAAUCCGAUGUAAAGAACGUGUACAAGAGCAAGAACAUAAAGGAAACGAUGGAAAAAAUCAGUGUGGACCUGGGCUUUCCACUGAACGGCAUCUUUCCUGUGAAGAACUACAACUCAGAGAAUAAAACAAAUGAUGACAUUGAUUUACUGAUCGUAAGCGCAAUGAAACAGAUCAUUGACUCUGGAGAAGACUUUGUCAACAGGCUGUAGACCUAAAAUACUGCAGAGGCAAAUCAUGCUCUAUCUCGGCCUCAAAAUGUCUGUUUGUGGGGACAUAACUAUAUUAAAUGCCACUUGUUUGAUUUUUUAUCUGUGAUCAAUAUCUCAUCUGCUCUAAAUGGUCUUGCCUCUACUAAUGGUUGAAUAAAGUAUGUUAGGCUUUAUCACCCUGACCCUGCAUUAGAUUUUUUGAAUUAUUAUUUUUAUAUAAUGUCUGUGUUCCAGUCCCCCAGUAAUCAUUGAGUACUUCUGUUUAGGUAAACCCACAAUAAAUGACAUCAAUAAUGAAAUUUGUAUCUAGUCUCCUUUUUAUUAUUUUAAAUUAUUGUGUUCCUUCUAAUAUUGAAGCUGUGUUUAGAUUCUGUUUAAAUGUGUCUCAUGACUCCGGCUUGUCAAAAACAGAUACUCACAAUUUUUUUUAUCCAUGAUCAAAUGGAAAAAACUGAUAAUGACUGAGUGUGAUAUAUGUUCCUAAAUUUUAUUAAAUUUUUUCAAAUAUUCUAUGCGUUGCACCAUAUUCCUAAACGUCAACAAAUCUUUUGUCUCUCUUACUAGUGUAAAAACACACAAGCGCAGCACACGAUGCUCCCCCCUCAGGCCCUUUUCAAUAUUGGAUGAUGAACUUCACAGAGCUCUCACCUUGGGAUUGAAAGACAAUUUGUUUGGUGUUGGUGUAUACAUAAAUGGAAGUUGAAGUUUUCCCUUCUUCUAAACAUGAUGCAGGUGCCGUAGCCAAGUUUCUUCUCAGAGAAAUCCUUCAGCAACUGUUUGUGGUUUGUUGUGGUUAAAGGCACUUCCUCUUGUGCUUUUCCACAUUCGCAUGCAAAUUAGAAACAAAAAUGUCUUGAGUCCAUUUGAGGUAGUUUAAGCAAAGGACUACUCUUUUUUAGACUGAACUGUAUGAUGACUGCAUGUUGAACUUCUGUCUAGGCCUCUCGGCUUCUCUUUCAGCUCUCCAUUCACAGGUAAAUGCCGCGCUGCCCACGCCAGCUAACACGCCGCAACACAAUAUCAAGCCUGAGGACUGGGUGGUGAUUAAAGACUUCAGGAAUGCAUCGCCAAUUUCAAGGUCCAUUCCAGGUUCUUCUGAUCACUCAGACCGCUGUAAAGAUUGCAGGUAAAAUCCCUUGGGUCCACGGGAGCCACUGUGAACGAAAAUAACCCAACCAUCUAUUGGAGAUGCCAGCAAGUAGCGUGCCAGCUCAUUUAUCAACUAUUUGUAUAAAGUUGCAUCUUUCUUAACUAAACAUUAGACUGUGUGCUUCUUUCUUAGAAAUCACUCCCCUCAAACAACUGUGCAUAAAUCACCUUA